AUGGAGGCCGAAGACCAGUGCGAUGCUGCCAAUGUCGUGGGUUGUGAAGGAAAAGUCGAGACUCCGGUCAUACCCGUUCAGACUCUUUUGGAAAAAGCCAAGUUUUACGUAUCCCUUUGUAUGGGUACAACCGCUAUCAUUUCAGUUUUUGCUUUUUUAUUUCUUAUACCAUUCGUCGUCGAUCCCGCCAUAUCGACCAUAAUAGCUGAUUACGAACAAGAACCCGUUAUAUGUAAAGUCAUCGAACACGUUUAUUCCGAAGGGUUGAGAAAUUGCACUUGGGCGUCCUGCAGAGAAGGAUGCACUACUGCUGUUCUUAAAUGUCACCAGAUAACGGUGAGCUACAGCAAAAAUUCUUACAACGAUUUUCUCAAAGAUCAAGAUUUAACAUCGAUGAAUUGGGACGUUAACGAAACGAAAUUUUUUAUUAACACCGAGGGUUGCGGAUAUCCGCCAAAGAUAAAUUGCUCAGAAUUUGCUUCGCAAUACGGUAACAAAAACGUGGGAAAGAUAUUUCCUUGUUACUAUAGCAAAACAUAUCCGGAAAUAGUGGUUGCCCACUACAGUUGGGACGACAACCUAAGACAUCUCAUAUUGGCUCUUGUCGUACCGACCACAUGUUUCAUUGUCGCAAUAACAAUUUUAACGUAUUGGUAUUGUCCGGGGUGCCAAAAAGGUUGUUCGAAACGCAGGCUUAGGGAUAAAUAUCCAUCAAAAGAAGAAUUGAAAAAUGAAGAAUACGAUGAGGAAGAAGAAGAAGAGGAAGAAGAGGAUGAAGAUGACGAAGACGAUGAAGCGGAUUUGAGAGCCAGAGGAGUAGGAGGAGUAGGAGGAGGUUACUGA